AUGUACAGUCGGGCACGACAAAGAACGAACCACAAGCCCCGUACCCCAGUCGACCCGGAGUCACGACUCUGGCCCGCCAUCACAACGGCGCCCUUGUUGCCCAUCGUCCUGUUCUGGCUCGGUUGGACGAAUUACCCGUCGAUCUCCAUCUGGUCUGGCUUGGGCGCCUGUUUUGCUUUCGGUAUUGUCAUUACCGCCAUGUACGUCGCCACUUACGAGUAUAUCAUCGACAGCUACGGCGAGCAUUCGGCCGUCGCACUCGCCAGCAUCACCAUGGCCCGCUAUUUUAUCUCGGGUGGCAUGGUCCUCGCCGCCAGGCCCAUGUAUAAUGCCAUCGGCGUGCAUUGGACAAUGACUUGGUUGGGAUGUAUUGCUGUGCUGCUGACGCCUGCCCCUUUGCUGUUUUGGAAGUAUGGGCGGCGCUUGAGGGAGAGGAGUCCGUAUGCCACUGCCGAUUGA